AUGGCCGACUCCGACGGCGAAUACCAUGGCGCCUCCGACGAUGAGCUGCAGGUCAACUCUUCCCACAAUGCGCGCGGCAAAUCAAAAAAGGACGGGCGCAAGACCCAAGCGGCAUGGGAGAACGUAACGAGAACAUGGGACAUAGUCGAGGAGAACGAGGAUGGAACCAUCAAGCGAGUCGAAACGGCCGAAGCAAAGAAGCGCGCGCGCCUGAUGAAGGAUACCACCCCUCUGCAGCGCGGCAUCAUACGUCAUCUUGUCCUGGUCCUCGACAUGUCCUUUGCCAUGGCAGAGAAGGACCUGUUGCCCAACAGACACGAGCUCACAAUGGCAUAUGCGGGGGAGUUUGUCAGGGAAUAUUUUGAACAAAAUCCAAUCUCCCAACUGGCCAUCCUCGGCAUGCGCGAUGGUAUUGCCAUCAGAAUCAGCGAUAUGAGCGGCAAUCCCGCCGAUCACCUGGAAAGGUUGACCCGGUGGACAAAGCAGGAGCCGCAGGGGAACCCGAGUCUACAGAAUGCCCUGGAAAUGUGUCGGGGUGCGUUAUAUCACACACCAUCCCAUGGCACAAGGGAAGUUGUUAUAGUCUACGGUGCCCUCAUGUCCAGUGACCCUGGUGACAUUCACGAGACCAUCAGCGCCGUCAUCAAGGACAGGAUCCGUGUCUCUGUCGUCGGUAUUGCUGCUCAAGUAGCCAUUUGCGCAGAGCUAUGCGCCAAGACCAAUGGAGGAGAUGAUUCUAGUUACACUAUAGCACUGCACGAGCAGCAUCUUCGCGAAUUGCUGCUCGAUGUCACAACACCGCCAGCCACUCGAACGACGGAGCAAAGCAAUGCAAGUCUGCUCAUGAUGGGCUUCCCAUCGAGAACAAUCACCACGGGCGAGACCAUUAGCUAUUGCGCCUGCCACAACAGGCCAAACCGGGAGGGUUAUACCUGUACGCGGUGCAGCUCGCGUGUUUGUCGUUUGCCGGCCGAGUGUCCCGGUUGCGGCCUAACACUCAUUCUCUCCACCCAUCUUGCGCGAUCAUAUCACCAUCUGUUCCCUCUACGGAACUGGGUAGAUGUGCCUUGGUCGGAAGCGCGCAAGUCGACGGCGUGUUAUGCCUGUCUCAGUGCCUUCCCCCAAUACGACAAGAAACACGUUGAACAACACGGUGCCCCCAUUGGCUUAAGCGAAUCCGGAAGGUAUGCCUGCGAGGUUUGCGGAAAUCAUUUUUGUAUCGACUGCGAUCUCUUCGCUCACGAGGUGUUACACAAUUGCCCCGGAUGUCAGAGUGACACACGGGGCUCGGCUAUGUCUAGUCAGGAGCUGGAGACGAACGGCGACGCCAACGGCCGUAUGAAUGGUACGGCCAUGGACAUUGAUCCUUGA